AAUUGAGACAACCAUCAUGGUGGCAGCAAAGGGAAAAAAGUUUAGCAUAAAUUGCCAUGGCUGAUAGGUCUUGCUCUUCCUCAUCGGCAACUGCGCAUUAGGUUCUCCACCUCAAGUGUUUCGUGGAAAUUGAUGUGUCUGCGUGUUUUUUUUUUUCUCUCCUCUUCUUGCAGAGAAUGAUGGGGGUUUGUGAAUGAUCCCCCUUUUGCUCAAGGAUGUUUUUUUUUUCCUGUUCUUUCUUUGAGAAGAUGAAUCUUUGAUCCCCUUCAGCCCCCAACAAGAGAUUUCAGAAGAAGAAAUCAGACACAAGCUCUAGAUGAGUUCAUCUGAGCAUGGCGAGUGCAUAACCGAUACGAGAGAGGAUGUGCCUGAUUCGAUAACCAGGCUUAUGGAUUACAUUCCCAUCUGCAUACCCACAGUCGACCAGGAGCUACCGGGUCAAAAUCACUCAGAAAAAAGAUUCCUAGAUUUUCUGAGAGCUAAGCCAUCCACAGAUUGGUUCUUUACCCGUCGUCGUUUCCGCGUUCCAUUUGUUCGAAAAAUCGACCGGAGAGCAUUGAUCAGAUACUUGAAGAAAUGGAUAAAGAACCCGGAGAACAUUGCUCUUGUUAUCUGGUUGAUGUUUGUUGCAGCUGGUCUCUUCAUGCUGUUUCUAGUUAUCACUGGGAGUCUAAAUCAAGUCAUACGAAGUAGCACCGAAAGAAAGAAAUGGACCGAGAUCAUCUAUCAAAUUCUCAAUGCCCUUUUCACAAUCAUGUGCAUAUAUCAGCACCCCAGAUUGUUCCAUCAUUUGGUGCUUUUGUGCCGAUGGAGGUUACCGGACAGAGUGGCACUACGGGCAGGCUACUGCAAGGAUGGAUCUCGAAGAGCUCACGAAAGGGCUCACAUAAUGCUAGUCGUCAUCCUCCUCCACAUAACUAUCUUUUCCCAAUAUGUGCUCUGUGGCCUUUACUGGGGAUAUUCAAGGAAGGAUAGGCCAGAUUGGGCUGUUAAUCUGUGUACAGGCAUCGGUAUCGCAGCUCCAAUAAUUGCUGGUGUUUACUCAGUUUUCGGCCCGAUAGGAAGAAAUUCUGAUGAUCCUGAAGAUGCUACUGUCACACAAGAAGUUCAAUCCGAGCUUGUGAUUUAUAACAACAGAAGAGUAGUUGUGACCAAUCCUGAGUGGAUCGGGGGGCUCUUCGACUGUUGGGAUGAUAGAACAGUUUGUUUGGCCUCAUUCUUUUGCACAUGUUGUGUGUUCGGAUGGAACAUGGAGCGACUUGGACUCGGUAAUAUGUAUGUUCAUAUAGUCACCUUCUUACUUCUAAUUGUGGCUCCUCUAAUGGUCUUCAGCGUCUCUGCCCUCAAUGUCGAGAACAAUGCGAUCAGGUACAUCGUCGGAGUAAGUGGCAUCUUACUUGGUGUUUUUGGGCUAGUUUAUGGUGGCAUUUGGAGGACCCAGAUGAGGAAAAGAUUCAAACUUCCUGCAAAUCCCUUCUGCUGUGGCUAUCCAGCAGUUACAGAUUCAUUGCAGUGGCUCUUCUGUUGGUCCUGUUCUUUAGCUCAGGAGGUGAGAACUGGAAAUUUUUAUGACAUUGAAGAAGAUAGCUUUUGUAAGGAGGCGAAAACUGAAGACGGAGUUUUGGUGCCUCUGCCAAGGGAAGAUGGAUCAGGUUUUACGGUUACGUCGAAUGGGAAGCUUCUCCUUAGGAGCUCUUCUUGUCCGGCCACACUUGAUCCUCCAAGUCACUUAUCAUACUUGAGAUCUUCCACUCAACAUGUUAUGGUUCCACCUCUUCCAGCCCUGAUGCAAAUAGAUGAAGACUAGUUAGCAAAGGACAUACUUUUUGCUAGUGAACAAGCAUCACAAAUGUUCCAAUCAUCGACCGAUAUCUAUAAGGUUGAUCAGUUUGAAUGACUCUUUCUAAAUUCUUGAAUCUCGAGAGACAGAUCUUUUAAGAAAAAUUCUUUUGUAAUGCGAUACUUUAAUUUGCUUAGAGCAAAUGCUUCAUGUACCUUUCACAGAACUUGAAAAUUGGCCUGCAAGAAUUUGUAA